AUGAACUCGCUAGCAUCCGAAAGCUCGACGCUCGUGCCACUCAUUACGGAUCCCCCGCCUAAACUGGAGUAUACAAUGCUCGACGGUCGACGAUAUUUGAAUCAUUCUGACGCUCGGAUUAUGUUGCCUAUCGACGACGACGAGUCGGAUCGUAUUGUCAUUAUGCACUUUAUGCUAAAAUACGCAUUCAACAGCAGCUUCAAAGCCCCUGUGACAGAGUUACUCAAUUGUGCGACAUCACGGUCGCAGGUCCUUGAUAUUGGCUGUGGACCUGGAACUUGGGUGCUUGAAAUGGCUAGCGAUUUUCCCGAUGCCGAUUUCCAUGGCAUCGAUCUGUGCCCCAUGUUUCCCAACUCUAUCAAACCCAGUAACGCACGCUUCAUCCAACACAACAUGCUUGACACGCUGCCCUUUGCCGACAAUUCGCUCGAUUAUAUCCACAUGCGGGUCAUGCUGUGCCACCUCACUCAAUCGCAAUUGACCCGGCUACUGGCAGAAGUCAAUCGUGUCUUGAAGCCUUUGGGCUACAUUGAGAUUGUCGAUAUUGAGUAUCGAGUGCAACGACCCGGCCCUAUUACUGAACAGUUGCUGAAUCAAAGACGUGAGUUUUCGAAAGUUCAAUUCCCGCCCCUGACAAACAUGAUGUAA